AUGGUAGAUGAUGAUAAUCAUCACCCUUAUGCAUCCAUGAAUAUCGAUGAUCAUAUUAUGAUGGAUGUUCCUAAUGUUUCCGUCGUCCCGUCGAAUUCGAACCCGGUAUCAAGGAACAAUGUUUGGGAUCUUGUUGAUUCUUGGGUCAUUGAUCCAUCAGAAGAUCACCAUAAUAAUAAUAAUAAUCAUCAAAAUCAACAAGAAAUUGGUAGUGUUGAUGUAAUCAAACAUGGUGAUGUUUGGAGUAGUAGUAGUAAUAAGAGGAUGAGAAAUGGACAUGACAUAGAGGAUCAGUGUCAUGACCAUAAUGAAGAAGAAGAUGAUCAAUUGCCAUUGCAAGUAGUGUGGCCUAGUGCUCCGGUUCCUAAUUCUUGUUCUUCUUGUCAAGUUUUUAGAGAAAUUACUCAUACAGAUGGCACACAUACUACCAAGCUUGAAGUCCAUGGAGAGGUGGGUCAUGUAUCUCAUGCUGUCUACAAAUCUAAUCAAGGGUUAGAUACUUCUGACUUUCGUAUUCAUCAUAUGCUCAAUUUUUGUAGACAAAACUUAGAGGGCAUCAGAGAUUAUCUUAAAGACUAUCUUGAGGAGUAUAAAACAGAUGGAUACAUUUUGUUACAAGAUCGUCUUUCACUAUUUUAUGAGGCCUUGUGUAUUGGUUAUGAUUGGAUAAAUUCUACUCAUCAUGAUCAAGAUCUCCAAACAAACAAUAUUGGAUCAUCUGAACAAGGAGAGACUUCAAAUCAAGCAAUGAACCCUUUCAUAAUGGACCCCCAAAACCUGCCACCAAUGUUCAGGACUGAACUUUCUAUCCAGGUGAAAAGUAUACAAAGGAAAAUAUCCUUGUUGAAAGAAAGUUUAGGGGCUAACUGCACAGCUGCGGAUCAUCAGACUGAGCUCGAGCUUCAAAUGCUGCAACGACAACUAGAUGACAUUCUUAGUGGAAGGUUGAAGCCUUAA